AUGACUAUUAGCAGUAAUUGCAAUCAUUCUAAUAUUUUACUUUCAACUGUGGUAGUACAUGUGAUGAGUGCACAAGGACGAUUACCUGAUAGAUUAAUAAACAAUUCUUUAAAAAUACCUAAUCAUGUAAAACUAGCGGAUCCAAAUUAUUACGAACCGCAAGAUGUAGAUUUAUUAAUCGGUGCAUCUCUCUUUUGGCAUUUAUUGCGCGAAGGUCAAAUUUCUUUAGGUUUUAAUAAACCUAUAUUGCAGAAUACUUCUUUAGGAUGGAUUAUUUCAGGAUCAAUAAAUUCACAAGAAAAUGAUCAUACUAUUGCGUGUAAUGUAGUGAAGGUUUCCGAUAACUUUAUAUUACAAGAACAACUUGCAAAAUUUUGGGAGUUAGAAUCAGUGCCCAAUAUUUGUGUAUGGUCAAAAGAAGAAACAUUGUGCGAAGAUCAUUUUAAAUCUACGUACAAACGUGAUUCUUCAGGACAAUUUAUUGUACGAAUUCCCUUUAAGGAUUGUACAACACAACAUUUAGGAAACUCUAAAAAUUAUGCAUUAAAAAUGUUUCAAUGUUUAGAAAGAAGGUUCAAUAGAAAUCUUAAUCUAAAAAAGAAGUAUGAUGAAUUUAUGCAAGAAUAUAUUCAAUUAGGUCAUAUGACAUUACUUACAUUACUUACGUCAGAACCUUUUACUCCAAAUUAUUAUUUGCCACAUCAUGGAAUAAUUCGUGAAUCAAGUUUAACAACAAAACUGCGUGUCGUUUUUAACGCAUCUGCACAAACUUCAUCUGGUAAGUCACUAAAUGAUUUACAAAUGGUUGGGCCAACUAUUCAAUCAGAUCUAUUUUCAAUUUUGAUUCGUUUUCGCCAAAAUUUAUUCGUUGUAAGUGCAGAUAUAGAAAAAAUGUACAGGCAGAUACUUGUUGAUGAUAAAGAUAGGCAAUUUCAAUUAGUUUUCUGGAGAGAAGAUCCAAAAGAUAAUAUUAAAACUUAUAAACUAAAUACAAUUACUUAUGGAACAUCAAGCGCACCUUUUUUAGCAAUACGGUGUUUACAUCAACUUGGAUUAGAGUCACAAGCAAUUUUUCCGAAAGCUUCCAUAGCUAUACUUCAAGAUUUCUACGUAGAUGAUUUAUUAACCGGAUGUGAUUCUGACCAAGAAUUAAUUCAAACAUCAAAGGACAUUUAUAACAUAUUACAAUCUGCAAAAAUGCCGUUACGUAAGUGGGCAUCUAAUAGCUCCGAAAUAAUUCAAAGUAUUAGUAAUUCGUUAUUAAAAAAUAUUGAACAUCAAACAGUUUCAGAUAGUUCUUGUAACAUAUUAAAAACUCUUGGAUUACCUUGGUUACAUUACCAAGAUCAACUAUGUUUUAAAAUUGAUCCAACCCUAAUUCCAAAUACACUGACGAAAAGAGAUGUAUUAUCAUACAUCGCUCAACUCUUUGAUCCAUUAGGACUAAUUGCACCCGUAAUAUGUAAACCAAAAUUUUUAUGCGAAAUUUGUGGCAAUUUAAAUUAUCUUGGGAUGAACCCUUACCACAUGAAUUAUAUAUUCAAUGGAAAGAAUUCAACGAGAAUUUGCAAAUAUUAA